AUGACGGACUACACUUCGGGCAUCAUGCCCCUGAACAUGGUCCAUCGCCCUCCCUUCACCGUCCAGGUUCCUGGUGUCGAAAAGGUGCCUGGCGAGACGAUCCCUCGCCGCCACCCGCGCGCAAAGAACGGUCUUCUCAACCGCCCGGCCAAGGACGUCCACACCGUCUUCGAUAUCGUCCGUCGCAGCGCUCGCGUCUACCCCAACAACAAUGCCGUCGGCACUCGCAAGCUUGUUAAGCUCCAUAGAGAGACCAAAAAGGUCAAGAAGAACGUCGAUGGCGAGGUCUGCGAGGUGGAUAAGGAGUGGCAGUUCUUUGAGCUCUCUCCCUUCUCCUUCAUCACCUACAAGCAGUACGAGGAGCUUGUCCUCGAGAUUGCCUCUGGUCUGCGCCAUCAUGGCCUCGGCUCGGAGGACAAGCUGCAUCUGUUUGCCACCACCAGCGCCAGCUGGUCCUCGAUUGCCCACGCGUGCGCUUCCCAAUCCAUUUCCAUUGUAACCGCCUACGACACCCUAGGCGAGAGCGGCGUUGCCCACUCUCUUCUCCAGACCGAUGCCAAGGCCAUGUUCGUCGACCCUCACCUACUCAAGACUGCCUCAAAGCCCAUCAAGGACUCCAAGGUCAAGCUCGUCAUCAUCAACGAGGAGUGCAUAUUUGCCGAGGGCGGCGAGGUUGCGGCUUUCAAGGCCGACAAUCCCGAUCUCACUGUCGUAACCUUUGAGGAGCUUCGCGAAGCCGGCAAGAACAACAUGGUUGAACCUAACCCCGCCAAGGACAAGGACCUCUUCUGCAUCAUGUACACCUCUGGAUCGACUGGCCUGCCCAAGGGUGCUUGCAUCACGCAUGAAUCUCUUGUCUCUGGCAUCACCGGCCUCCUUACUUGCGUCGACGAAUGCGUUAGCGACAGAGAAGUUGUUCUCGCCUACCUCCCCCUCGCCCACAUCUUCGAAAUGGCGCUCGAGAAUCUUCUUAUGUUCAUUGGUGGAACUGUUGGCUACGGCAACCCCCGCACCCUCUCCGAUACCUCGGUCAAGAACUGCGCCGGUGACAUGCGCGAGCUCAGACCUACCGUCAUGGUCGGUGUCCCCCAGGUUUGGGAGACCGUCAAGAAAGGUGUCAUGGCCAAGCUCGAGAGCGUGAGCUCUAUCCAGCAGAGCCUCUUCUGGGGCGCUUUCAACUACAAGACCUUCAUGACCAGAAACAAGCUGCCAUUUGCUAGCAUUUUUGACGGCAUUGUCUUCUCCAAGGUCCGCACCCUGACUGGCGGCCGUCUCCGCUUCACCAUGAACGGUGCCAGUGGUAUCUCGGAGGGCACCAAGCACUUUCUCUCGCUCAUCCUUGGUCCUAUGCUGGUCGGUUAUGGCCUCACUGAGACUUGUGCCAACGGCGCGCUAGGCUGCCCCCUCGAGUACUCGCCUUUCGCGAUCGGCCCUAUUCCCGCUUCAAUCGAGGUGAAGCUCGUUUCUAUCCCCGAAAUUGGCUAUGAUGCCGACGCCAAGGUGCCCCAGGGUGAGAUUUGGAUGCGUGGUCUCCCUGUCAUGAAGGAGUACUUCAACAACCCCGAGGAGACCGCCAAGGCCAUCACUGAGGAUGGCUGGUUCAAGAGCGGCGACAUUGGCGAGUUUGAUGAGAACGGCCAUCUCAAGGUUAUUGACCGUGUCAAGAACCUUGUCAAGAUGGCCGGUGGUGAAUACAUUGCACUCGAAAAGGUCGAAUCCGUGUACCGCGGCACCCAGACCGUCGCCAACAUCCUGGUCCACGCCGACCCUGAGAAGAGCCGCCCCAUUGCUGUCAUUAUGGCCAAUCACGCUGUUCUUGUCCAAAAGGCCAAGAAUCUUGGUGUUGACGAGCACCACAUGCACACCGACCCGAAGAUUAACGCCCUUGUUUUGAAGGACCUUCAAGCUACUGGACGCCGCGGCGGGCUUAGCGGUAUGGAGAUUGUCUCUGGCGUCGUCAUUACCGAGGAAGAAUGGCUGCCCCCUACUGGUCUCGUUACUGCCACCCAGAAGCUCAACCGCAAGGCUAUCCGCGAGCGCUACGACAAGGAGAUCACCGAGUGCCUCAAGAAGAUCUAA